AUGCCAGUCACAUUUUCGCCCACUUCCCUGCGCGCUGAAUUCUUCCCUCUAACAGUCGCGGCUACCCCCCUUUCCCCGUCCUCCCUCCUUGCCGCCGCCUGUCCCCAACAAUCCCGCUUCUGCGCCUCCCUCCUCCAAUCCUCCCUCCCAGCCGAAUCGCACAACACCAUCGCCCAACGAAACGGGCUUGUACACACCAUAGUCGAAGCAUACAAUAAGCACAGACACCUCCGCCUCCGCCCGGAUGACGUCUGGACUGCCAUACUUAUCCAAUUUAACUUCUUCGUCAAUGGACGGAGUGAGAAGCUCCGUUCUCAGUUCGUGGCGCAUGAGGGGAAGAAGCAGCUUGUCGUUCCGGAAAUCGUUAUACUGUCGAUUUCGAAAAACGUCGUUGACCCGUCUUUGCGUGCGUGGAUCCUCCCGACGUUCAGCACGACGACUACGACGGAUACGAUCGUCGCUUCUGUGAUUAUGAUGUCGAGCAUGAAGAAGUACUUUGAUUACAAGUUCUGUCUUGAUUGCGGGAUUCCGAGCGUUACACUGGAAGGUGAGAGAGGGGAUUGGGAGGAUAUAUUGCAGAGGAUUGAGAAGUUGAAGGAAUAUGGAGUGGAGGCGGUUGGGUGGUAUCACUUGCUGCUUCCUGUCCUCGCGCAGUUCGUGUCGGUGUUUGAUAAUGCGAAGAGCAAGAAGAAUAAGGAGUUCUGGGGGAAAGUGUGUCAUUAUGACGGGGGCGGGAGCGGGCCGCUCUUCCUUGGUGGGUGGGUAACUGCGUUUUGUGCUUUUGAUGAGGAUGGGAGGUGGCUCGGACACAGGUUCAAAAAGGGAAUUGUGGAGCACUGGUAUUUUCAGGAAUUCUACAUCAGGAAAAAAUGGACUUGCGAUAUUGCGUCAGUUAUCGAUAGUUACCACUACACCAGCGGGCAAUAUAUGAACACGGAAUCUCAGGUGGCUAUGAUCAUCGAGUGUCAAGCUUUGAAAGAUCAUGCCCAGCCUGCGCGAAAUGUUCAACUCCUCUGCCCACCACGCGCUCGAAUGGCCCAGGUACGUGACCAAUCCGAGCCCUUCAGACAUCUCAAGGAGGCGACGACAAAGGAAGGUAGUGUCGAGGAGGUGCAGGGGGGUUAUUCAAAAGCAAUGACGUGGGGCCUCCAUCUCGUUCUCGAUGUGGAGGAACUGUCGAUGGGUGACGGGCUGCGUCGCGUAAUUUCACAAGCCACAACCACCUACCACCCCAGCUAA